UAUUGUGCUUGCUCUGCUGUAAAAGAACCUCAUACCAAUGGGCUGCUGUUUGGGGAUCCCCUGGUUGAAGAAAUUCGUCAGGUGCCCAGUGUCCUCUGCAGGUAGUGGCUCUGUGGACAGCACAGACUCCGGAUUCCUGGCCAGCUGGUCACAUUGGCAGAACUGCAGUCCACACCGACAAGAACGAUGUCCCGAUGUGGAAACAAUGGCAUCAGAUGACCCGGAGGAUUCAGAGCUGGUCUCUGCGGCUGGUGAGACCCCACUGGGGGCUGACUCUGUCUCCCUUGGAGUGGGAGAAGGAUAUAUCACUGAAAUCUCCCUGUCCUAUUCCAUCCUGAAACGCUCCACCCUGGGCCCUAAUGUCUCUCUGCAGGAGACAGCCAGGAAGACUCUAUGGGCUCUUGAAAAUGAUAACAAAGAAACCUUGUUGCUUUUUAAGGAGCUGUCCGCCCGGUUAGUCUCCAUCCAGGCGCAGAAUGAUGUUUUCAUUAUCACCUUCAAGACAAUAGAAGAAAUCUGGAAGUUUACAACUUACCUCUCACUAGGCUUUGUGGCCUGCACUCUAGAACACCUGCUAUUUGAUGAGAGGUACUGGCUGAACUCCGCUCUGGUGGAAGACACAGAAAUAGAAGUAUCUGUAAAUCAAGAUGAGCUGGCAACACUGUAUCUUGGUUUGCUGCUGCAGGAGGGGUGCUUCUAUGCAAGAGCCGUGGUACAUGAUGCUGGUGCACAAGCGGAUGAAGGGAAACCAGAAUUCCUAGCUGUGUCCGUCAAUGAUGUGGUUUAUGUGAAAGAUAUUGGUGAUGAAUCGUCAUGGGAAGGCCAGUCGCUGAGUACAGGAGAGCGUGGUUUAUUGUCCAUCAUAACCGUGGAGCCUCUACCUCAUCCCUUCUACCAAUGGUUUCUGAAAACGUAUCCAAUACCCUGUAACGUGACGGAGCAGAACUGCCGGAACAUUACAUCUCAGCCCAUAGGAUCAGGCCAGUGCACUGCCAGAGAAAACCACACCGCGACAGAAUGGGAUGAGCUCAGCUACUGCAGGGGAGAUGCCAUUGAGGUUGUUGGAUUCUUUGUUCCCGGACUCAAGUGGUUUGUUGGAAAAUGUUCUUCCACUGGUGUCACUGGUUUUGUCCAGACUAAACAUGUGGACCCAAACUGUUUAAAAGCUCUGUGUAAAGAUUUAUUAUUUCUAAGCGAAGAUGAGAAGAGUUCCCUUAACUCCCUUGAUGAAGAUGCUCAGAGAGGAUCUGCGGAGCUUCUGAGAAGCCUGGCUCAGACAGACGUCACUUCAGUGUACAGACUGGAUGGCCUGGAUCCAGUCGAAAUAUAUCUUAAAUCCUCUCUGAGCACAAGAGAAGAGUAUGGUGAAAUGCAGACAUCUGACAGCUGGGAGGAGAUUGAAGCUGUCAGUGAUUCCUCAAAAUGCAGUGUCUCUGAGAAGUCCAGUCCAGAUUCGGAGUGGAGAUAUGGGGAGGAGGGCUUCCAUGUGCAUGGGCAGGAGGACAUUGAUGACCCAAAGUUCUUUGUUGAUUUAAAUGCUAGUGACAUAGAAGACUCCGAAGUUUUUGACCCAAUUUUGACAUUUCUCAAUAAAGAGGGCUAUGAUUCUCACUUCCAGCCCUUGUAUGAUCUAUCUAUGUCUUUUCUCAGCUCCACAUUUUAUGGGUUUUCUGAAGAGGAAGACUUGGUGAUGUACCUGGAAACAUCUCGAAACUGGGCCAAGAGGAACAACAUGUCUUGGGCUCACAUCCGUUGUUGUUUUCUUCUGGGACGGAUUUGCGCCAAACGGAUGAAACUAUCCCAGGCGAGGGUUUAUCUUGAAGAAGCCUUAAGUGCCAUUAACCAUGGAUUUCUUGAUUUGCACCUCUUGGCUGCCUUGUAUGGGAAUUUAUCAGCUAUUUACUUGAAGCAAAAUUUGAAAUCUAAGCAAGAGCUGCUGCUGGAAAAGGCGGCCAGUCUCCUAACCUGCUUACCUCAGCACGCGUUUAGCUCAGAGAAUGAGCUUGAGGUGCUCAAAUAUGUUUUCAGGAAAGCUGUAAUUGUUAACAAUGCCUCCUUAGAAUCCCGCAUUUGCUUCCUCAUGUUCCGGCUGCUCCAUCAGCUUGGAAGAAAUGAUGAAGCUUUACCUUUUCUGGAACGCUUGCAGUUUCUUCUCAUCACCUCAUGCUCUCAGACCUUAACCUCCAAUACAAGCGUUAUGCCCAUUUUAUGUUACUUGUAUGACAAGAAAUAUCUGCCUCAUGUUGCUUUGGCAUCAGCCAGGCUGUGCAAAUCACCUGGCAUGAAAACGGCACCGUCUCCUUUGUGGAGAGUUGUGGUAGUUAUGCAGAACAUAUCCAAAAUCAUGGGUUGUCCAUUAAAAGGUAAUCAUAUUCCCGCUCAAGCUACUCCUUACCUAAAGCAAACCCUGUCCUCCUCAUAUGAGAGUGGAGAUGUAAAAGCUCAGAGGACACUAUGUCUUAUCUUAGCCAAGCUUUAUCUCCAGCACCAUCUGCUGUCAGGUGCCAUUGGUUACACUAAAAGAGCUGUUGAGUUGGGUCGAUGGACAAGUGAAGAAGAAACCUUUGAAUCGUCCUUGUUUUUGGGUUGGCUGUAUAUCUUAGAUGUCAAUUACGAGCAAGCUUGUCAAAUUCUGAUGCCUCUGCUAGACUCAAUGCAAGAAACGGACAGCACCACUCAGUGCGGUGUUGUACAUAAUCUCCUUGCAAAUGCCAAGAUGAUGGACAGAAAGAUACUUGAUUCAUCGAGAGGCUAUUCCCAUGCACUUAAAAUGGCCACUGAAACUGGUAACAGAAGGAACCAAGCCAUAGCCCUGGCAAACUUUGGGAGAUUGGCGAUGUUCUGCCAAGCCCUUAUAAUGGCAGAGAGAUAUUUCCUAAAGUCUGUCCAGCUUUUCAUGGAUGUGCAGAGCUGUGGUGACGCAGAGAGAGAACUGGCCCAAGUUCUGCAAUGGUUAGGAAAACUUCUGAUUGAAAAACAGAAGCUCGAUGAUGGCAGAGUUUGUUAUGAGUUGGCCUUACUGUUUGCCAUAAAGUCCAGCAACCUGAAAAGUCAGCUCAGCAUCAUUGAAGAACUAUCCCACUACUACAGUGAAGUGUGUCCUACCACUGGAGUCCAAAUAAUCUACUGUGAACACUGGGUUAACCUGGUGCAACGGCUGAGGGACAGGCCAAAGGAAGGGGAUGUGCUGAGCACUCUGAGUCAGCUCUAUCAGACUCUAAACACUGCCAAGUCCCUACGCAAAGCACUUGAUUACACCAAGCAGAGUCUGAGGAUUUCCAUUGAUCUUGGACAGCAUGAGAAAUCAGCUGAGCGGUGGAUCCAAGCGGGAAAACUGUAUUAUCUACUGCAAGAGCACGAACUGGUGGAGAUUUAUCUGCAGGCAGGCAUCCAGGCUUCCAUGAAGUCAGAGCACUUUACUGUAACAUUGCAGGUGUAUGAAGCUGCGGGAGAUAUAUUCUUCUAUGGGCUCCAGAAGAAGGAGAGGGCUCUUCCUUUUUACAAGGAAGGUGCUCUCCCACUAGCAAAGAAGCUUCAGGACACCCAAUCACAGCUACGGAUUUUCCACAAACUCUCUCAUCUGCUAAUAAGUCAAGGGGAUCAUAAAGCGUCACUGGAAUUUGCUACCAUGGCUGUCCGACUCAGCACACUUGUGGAGGAUCCACUACAUGAGCUGGUUGCAUUCCAUCGGUUGGCAGGAGUUUAUUAUUCCUUGCAGAUUUAUGAGGUCUCUGAGUACUGUUACCUUAAGGCACUAUCUAUAUGUUCCUCACCAAUACAACACACAGCGGAGGCUGGCUAUUACGUAAAGGUGUACUGGCGUCUGGGGGAUAUCGCACUGCAUAGAAGAAAGGAUGCUGAAGAUGCAGCUGCUUACUUCUGCCUGGCCCUGGCAGCUGCUAUUGAAUUUGGGAAUGAAGAGUAUCAGCUGUUGCUGAUGGGGAAACUGUCAGAUCUGUACAGCAAGGUCCUUUGUGAUGAAGAUCAAGCAGACCUGUUCAUUAAACAAAUUUUGCAACUUGGCAAUAACCAAGCACGUACAUGAACCAUUGCCAUACAGACCCCUGCGAGGGGCAAAGAGAGAGAGGCCCAGAUCCCUUCUGUGUCACAUAAACAAUGGAAACCUCGGAGAGCACACAAAGACCUAGUGUAAAAUAGUUACUAACCAAUGACGUUACGGUUUGAUAAAGAUCAGCUCCUAUUUAUCAGUAUGGGCCAUUACAGGACUUCGUCAUUGCACAGAGUCCUUACGCACUGAUAGCAUCUCAGGUAUAAAGAGGAUAAUAGUAUUAUCCACAUAGUACUAGAGGGAUCUGCUUAGCAUUCUACAGGCAGUGUUUACCUUUCCCCUUAGAACUCUCUAAUCCCAUACAUGAAUCAUCAGAUGUUCUAUGUGACAGAAGGGCAAUGCUGACACAGAGGAGCAUUGCAUCUCUAAGAUGUUGUCUCAGUCUUAUUCUAAAAAGGACUAUCAUAAUGUACAUUGUAACACUAUAUGUGUUAUGUAACUAAAGAGCUGUGAUGUAUGUAAUGUAUCACCAGCAAUGAGCGCAGAAAUUGUCAAUUUGCACUAACGCACUUACAUCGGAAUAGUCAAUUAAAAUGCAUAUAUAAUAAUAAUUUCCUUCAAACAAAUUAAAAACAAUAUUGACAUAAUAUCACCCUAGAGUACCUUAAGUCAGUAAGUACAUGUUUUGCUCCACAUUAUGGCCAAGUGAUAUUUUAUAAUCAUAAAACUGCUUUGUGACUUUUGCCCUAUUGUGAAGCAAAGAAAGGCUAUACAGUAAGUGGUCCCUUUUAUGCAAAAGCAGAACAUUUCCGGCUGGCAAACUGCAGGAAAGGUGGUAGACAAAUCUGUCACAAGUGGUAAUGCCUGGUCUCUCCUAUAUCUCUGGCCACCUGCUGCACACCGAGCCCCAGUGCUGAAGCCUCCCGUGAGCAGGAGCCAGACUGGCACAUGCUCAGAUGCCACCCAAAUCGUGCUGUGCUCCCAGUGAUGUACUGCUCUACCCAAGAUCUGGGUCAUGUCUUCAAUGGUUGUAUUGGAAGAGUACACGUAAUAGUCUGGUCUACCCAUGUUCACUCCAUAUAAGCUUCAUAAUGUAGAAGAAUUAGCUAUGCAGAUGUAGCCACGCUAAUCGGGGCUGUGACUAUUUGCACCCGUGAUUAGCUAGGCAUGACUAGCGUGCCCAUUUACGUACAUGUGCAAAUAGUCACAACUGCGAUCCAUAGGAAAUGCACUAUGCGAUUGUGGGUGCGACUAAUCACACCUGGGCACGUGUAAUCUUUGCGGUAAUCCAUGUGAACGCAAUGCAGCAACAAUAAGCAUGGUUACAUCUGUAGUUAAAAUAUGGUAUUUUGCCAAAAUGCACUUUCUUCAAUAUACACUAUGGGGUAUAUUUACUAAAAUUCGUAUUUUUCCGAAUGAGGUUAAAGUUCAAUCACGAAUGACAUCGAAAGUGUAAAAUUGCAACUUUUUGAAUUUAUUACGACUAAUUUACUAAGCUGUCGUAUUCUGCAUUUUCGUAUUUACCGAUGUCGAUGUCAUUCGUAUUUUUUGGCAGUGUUUUACGUGAGUGAAUUGUAAAACACUGCCGACUUUAACACAAUGAAUCUCGGCCGGAUCUGUGAGAUCCGUGCUGGGCUUCAUUGUGCACAUUUCGUAAAAAAUAAAACAUUGUUAAAAUUAAAAAAAAAAAAUGCGUGGGGUCCCC